GAAACCCCAAUACCAUACCAGAGAGAGAGAGAGAGAGAGAGAGAGAGAGGGUGAGAGAUUCUCCCUUCAACAUUCCUCCCCAUUCCAAACACAUUCAACAUAUAUACGCGUCUUUCACUCUCUCUCUCUCUAGAGUCUCAACCCAUAACCUGAUAACCACCCUUCUCUCUCUCUCUCUCUCUCUCUCUCUCUCUCUCUCUCUCUCUCUCUCCUUAUUGUUGCACCAACAAUGGGUUUCAAAUCCUUAUUCCGCAAGAAGAAACGGGGCGGCGUCGCCCUCUCCCUCGCCGGCGCCCAAUCCCUCUCCGGCACCCCCACCGUCUCCCGCUCCCCCUCCCUCAACUCCUCCUCCCUCAAUGCCCAGAUCGCGGAGGAGCUCAAGCUAGUCUUCAAGAAAUUCGACGCCAACGACGAUGGCAAGAUCUCCGCCUCAGAGCUCGCCUCCAUCCUCGGCAGCCUCGGCCACGCCGCCACCCCCGAAGAGAUCUCCGCCAUGAUCCGCGAGGUUGACGCGGACGGCGAUGGCCACAUCGACCUCGACGAGUUCAUCGAGCUCAACACCAAGGACGUCGACUCCGACGAGAUUAUGGAGAACCUCAGGGAGGCCUUCUCCGUGUUCGACGUCGACGGGAGCGGCUCGAUCUCGGCCGAGGAGCUGCUCAACGUCAUGAGGAGCCUCGGAGAGGAGUGCUCCAUCGCCGAGUGCAGGAAGAUGAUCAGCGGCGUGGAUAGGGAUGGCGACGGGAUGAUCGAUUUCGAGGAGUUCAAGGUCAUGAUGGUCAAGGGAUCGAGGUUCGAUGCGAUGGAGAGAACACACAGUUUGAAGAUCGAAUGAGCAAACCGAGCCUUGUGUCUCAAUCAAACCAGAACAACAAAAAAAAAAACCCUAACAAGUAUUUCCAUUGAUUUUUCUAAUUUCUCCCUCUUUUUUCGUUCCUUUGUUCCGAUCGAUCAUACGUGCUAUCCUUCGAAUGGUAGGAUAUUUUGUUGUUAAUGGAUUUCUCGGGGAUACAGAAUUGGAAUGCAGGGAUUCGGAGAAUUGUGAAUA